UUGGAAAAAACUUGCGAGCACUUUAAAUUUAUGUUUUUUUAUAAGUUUCUUCCUGCGCCCCUGUCCAUUCACAGAACUGAUUUUUUCCACUGCAACGUUUUACUGAAAUGCAUCAAUUCUUUGUGCCGAGAGUGCUCAAAUCUCACCACUGCUGAUGACCAGCAAUCAGUAAGCCAGCCUUCGAUUCGACUUAGGCUGAGUGUGAUGCGUGCAGGAAUGAUUUCAUGUCGGUUUGCCAGGAGUACGAUUACAACGGCGCGUCGUGGAACUUAACUGUCGUCCAUUGUUACGAGAAUUUUCAGGUCUAUGGGAAAUGAAUUCUCCCAGGCGCUCGCAGAGGGUUCUAGCCUUGGAAAGAGGCUCCAUUCUUCCUCUGGCCGUCGCCGUUCCUAAGCGCAGAAAGUUCGCUGUCCAUCGCAGUCCCAACGACAAUCUUACUGGCAAUGGCGUCGAAGAGGAAAGCGCCAGUAGCGCUCGUUCAUCGAGAAAAAGACGCUACCGCUCUCCGAAUAAUGCUGAAAAAACCAGCGAGAUAAAGCAGUUGGAAAACUGCGAAAGGAAACAGGCAUCACGGAAGAAAGCAGCAGUGUCAAGCACUUUCGUGGAAUUGGCUCCGGAUAAGACAGAGAAUAAGGAACCUCGUGGUACAAAAACUCGGAAUAAAUUUCCCACGGCAGUUCGACGAAGUACCCGAACUGCCCAGCCUACGCUGAAAGCCUUGGAAGGAUUCGCAAGCCUUCCUCCGCGCUCUAAACGGGGUCAGCAACGUGCUUCUGAUUCGAUGCCUUCGUCCUCAACAGUUGUAGCUGUGAUUGCGCCGUCCAUACAGCUUCAUAGUUGGACGGCUUCGGUACCAAGUGUUCCUUCGUGUUUGCUGAAAAAACACAAACCCAGUGUGAUCCAGCAUAAUUCCUCAGCGUCAGUAGUGGGUUCCAAAAGAAAGCGAAAGCGGAAUGCCGCAUCUGAUAGGGAACACAGCCUCCCUGCUGUAUCCCAUACUGCAUUGGAAGCCUAUGAUAGCGAUCUGCCGAAUUCGAGCGAAACUCAAAAUAUGACUGAAUUCACGGUGAAUGGUGUGCAUGCAACUGUAGCAGUGGAAGAUGCUGCGCAAUCGAAUAUUCCGCUUACGGACGGUAUCCUGUCAGUUCGUGCGAAGAAAACGAUAAAACCCAAACGAAUCAAAGGAAGUGCGGCAAAGAAAACAUCAAUCGCGAAGGCAAAAGCAGUUUCGGCUGUUAGUAUCGAGGUUGGGAAUGUCGAUCUGCCGACUCUUUCACCGGAAACAAUGGAUAGCCAUAUUCAGAUAUCAGCAGAAACUGAUAAACCUCCAGCUGUUGCAACGGCGGCGGAAGGGCCGCCAAAUCGACGCAAAUAUCAACGAAGUUCUCGUCCGAGUAGAUUACUUGUCGGUGGAAGUGCCUCGAAUUCGAUUUCUCAUUAUAUUGCAACGAAAAGGAAAAGGCAAUCUGCUUCGACUCGUGCCAGAAAUCCACAGGCAGUUCUAAUACAGCCAGCUGGGAGUAGUCAGGACGGGCUCAAAAGCGAUGUUAUUCCACCGAGUACAGCAGUGGAGGCAGAAAUUACGCAUUCUUCUGUGGAAAUGGAUGCAAUGAACAUGAACACCCAAACAAUUCCCAAGCAGUUUCGAAUCACAACUCCAAGACGCCGAUCGAAGAAAUCGGGAAACAGUGUGUUGCCUGCACAUCCAGGGGAAGGAACUCCAGUGGAGACGAUAAAUCGUCGAAAAUCUAGUGAACUGGAUAUUUCUCUGAGUCAGAGUUUUAUUCUGCCAUCCCAGCAACUGCGGGAUGCACGAUCUCGUAGCAAACUGUCUUCGAAAAGCAGUGGUUCCCGUUUAGACAGUGUCCAUGCUAUUUUUAUGGUGGAUACGCAGUCAGUGUCUGCUUACAAGAGAUCCAAACGGAAGAACAGCGGUGUUGAUGAGGAAGUGGAGUGGUUCUGUUGGGACGAGACAUCGCUGGACGGUACGAUCGUAUCGCCUGCUCGGAUUUCCUACCGUCCAAAAGACCAUGCUAUACUGGAUACUAUAGAUGAAAUUGUCGAACUGCCAGUAUUGCCGCUUGCAGUCGGCGAUGCGGAUGUUCAAGUGCAGCCUACUGUCGAAGUUUUAGCAGACGUGGGAUCUCCACCGGAUUUAUCACGCCAAACAAGUACCGGUAGUGCCCUGGAGGAGGUUGCGUCCCCCACUGCUGAUCGUUUUCUGUCACCGGUGACCAGUGACUUUUCUGGUGAUUCCUGGCAUUCCGCGAUGGAUGUUUUCGAAAACGAACAUCCGGUACCUGAAACCACAAAAACUCAGAGAAAGGAAGCGGAUCCUUGUGCUGACAGAGGAUUAAAGUCUUCGUGUCUAACACCUUCCCGUAUUUCCCCAAGGCGAAGUCCACGCAGCAGGAUCUCGACGGGAGAUACAGCGGGUACUUCCGGAACAACCCCCGUUACCGCGGACGUCAACCCAGAAAUAUUGCUUUCUCCCGGCAUUGUUUUGGAGAAUUCCGUGACGACUUCCAGCCAAGCUGUCACUUCAACGCCGGAUUCACAGAACGAAUCAUCUUCAAUUGUUACGCAGCAGUUCGAGUUUUUGUCCAGUCUACCUUCUCUCAGCCAAAUCAGCAGUCCUUUGGCCCAUUCCACUCCUGUUCCCAGUGGGACCGGCAGUAAUGAGAUUAUACCAGAUAAUGCUGCACACGCUGCUUCAAGCAGUAGCCUUCCUUCGACAGAUUUAUCUCCCGAGGAGCGGAACAAUCCCGAUGUUCCCGAGCGGCCUGUUACUCCAGAAGGCAGUGGUAUCUUGGAAGUCGAUGCCGGCGCACAGACCGUCUGCUCACCGAAGCGACCAUAUUGCCUGGAACCGGAUCUCUGUGCACCUAUCGAGGGAAUCUUGCAGUUUAAUCGGAGUACGGAUUCCUUGCGUGUCAAACUCACCAAUGGAGAUACUGCAGUUGUAUCCCGAUCAAAACUGAAAGACAAUGUUGUUUACCAGCAGAUGCUGAUUGAUUACUACUCUAAGGCAUACGCAUCCCGUGAAAUGCCGGUGACCUCGUCGGACGCGAAUGCGUGAUGCGAUUGUGGGGGGUUAGUGAGGUGUUUUUUAUUUGUGAGGCCCAAUGGUGGUGUGGGUAACUUUUGUAGUUUGCAUUUGUUUGAUAACGGCGCAGAUUCGAGUUGUGCUCGAGCUUGCACUUCGGGUUGUUCUGUUGUAUUUUGUAGCGGUAUCGGUAUUCUCCUUGUUUGGUUUUUUGCCUGAUGAUGUAUUUUUUACUUGGCGAUCUUCCUUGUUAAGUUAUGAUCUUCUGUUAAUUGAGGAUUUUCUUUGUUGUGCAAUUGUGAUUUACAUAAAAUGUACAUACUUUUCCCUCUUUCUGCAUUUCUGCAA